AUGGCUCAACAAAUUAAACUGUUCACAAGAGAGGAGCUCAAGUGCCGUAAUACCCGUGACGAUGCGAUUCUCAUCAUCCACAACGGUGUAUACGACGUUACUAAGUUUCUGGAUGAGCAUCCUGGUGGUGAAGAGGUGCUCCUGGAGAAUGCAGGAAAGGAGGCCACUGAACCUUUCGAAGAUGUCAGUCACAGCUCCGAUGCCAGAUCCCUGAUGCAGAAGUACAAAAUCGGCGAGCUGGUGGAGGCGGAUCGCACUCAGACAAAGGGGGCCUACGCGCCGCAGUGGAGCAACGAUGAAGCUCAGGAGAUGGGCAAUAUGCGUGCGUGGAUGGUGCCAAUAGUGCUAGCCGUGGCUGCUACGAUCCUGUACCGGUACCUGUUCGCGUAG